UUCCUUUUAUUGCCAUCGGUGCCGUGCUGUAGCAGAAAACCCUAAUUUCCGGCAACUAAAAACAAAUCCCAACAGACCUCUCUUUUCUUCCAUUCUCUUCUUCAAAUACGAAAUCGCCCCUCUCUGAUUUCGACAGAGAGCGGUAGCAGGAAAGGUCUCGCCAUGGCCAAGAACUCUUUCAAGCUCCAACAUCCUCUUGAAAAGAGGCAGGCUGAAGCAGCUCGGAUUAGAGAGAAAUAUCCUGAUAGGAUUCCAGUGAUUGUGGAAAGGGCUGAAAAGAGUGACAUACCGGACAUUGAUAAAAAGAAGUAUCUUGUACCUGCUGACUUAACUGUGGGGCAAUUUGUUUACGUGAUUCGAAAGAGGAUGAAUCUGACCCCUGAGAAGGCCAUUUUCAUCUUUGUGAAGAAUCUUUUGCCACCCACUGCUGCUCUUAUGUCUGCAAUCUAUGAGGAUAACAAGGACCCAGAUGGCUUUCUAUACAUGACUUACAGUGGCGAAAACACAUUCGGGGCCUUGUUUGGCAAGCAUUAGAACCCAUGUAAAUAAGAACAUGGAUGGAAAGGUGUAUAUUCUCUUCAAUCUCCCCAUAUCUUGCUUUUCAAUGGUAGUUGAACCUCUGUUUUUUUUUUUUUUUAAAAUUGAUCUUCAUCUCUUUUAUUGUUACUUUAAAACCACCAUUGGAAUGUCAGUACGUAAGAGAACAGUUUGAAUGUCAAUAGCCUUCAGUGAAGUAAGAGUUUUUAGCCGUUGAAUCUUU